AUGUAUAACCUCUGUGGUCAGGGUCAAAGCUCCAGCUCCCAGUUAGGUCGUCUGAAUGGUCAUAGGAAGUCUUCAGGAUUGUUGGAAGUCACAGGGAACUUAAACAAUAAGCAAUAUUCUUCAGUGGCUCUAGCUCCAGAUACCAUGGUGAAUAAUGGAUCAGGAAUUCCCCCUAACUCUGAACAAGACACAAAGGAUUCAGCAUUCCAGCUCAGCAACCAACCUAUGACAGGAAGUGAAAUCCGUAGGACCUACACUACCAAGUGCUUCUAUGGCCCUUAUUUAACCAAAACUAGCAUGCAGGGAGAUGUCUACAACUUCCUGGAGAGGCCUAGUGGAUGGAAGUGUUUUAUUUACCAUUUUACUGUAUUUCUACUGGUGCUGAUUUGUUUAAUUUUCAGUGUACUCUCUACUAUAGAACAUUAUUCAGAAUUCGCCACGGGAACCCUUUUCUGGAUGGAAAUUGUUCUGGUGGUGUUUUUUGGUGCUGAAUAUUUGGUGCGGCUAUGGUCUGCUGGUUGCAGAAGUAAAUAUGUUGGCUUUAAGGGAAGACUACGUUUUGCCAGAAAGCCUAUAUCAAUUAUUGAUCUUAUUGUUGUGAUAGCCUCAAUUAUUGUUCUGAGUGUAGGAUCAAAUGGGCAGGUGUUUGCCACAUCUGCCAUAAGGGGAAUCCGGUUUCUCCAGAUACUUCGCAUGCUUCAUGUAGAUCGGCAGGGUGGCACUUGGAGACUCUUAGGAUCAGUUGUUUUCAUACAUCGUCAGGAACUCAUAACCACUCUGUACAUUGGAUUCUUGGGACUGAUCUUCUCAUCCUAUUUUGUCUAUCUUGCUGAGAAGGAUGCAGUGGAUGAAGAUGGAAGAACAGGUUUCUCUAGCUAUGCUGAUGCCCUGUGGUGGGGUGUGGUAACGGUCACAACAAUUGGUUAUGGCGACAAAGUACCACAGACAUGGAUUGGGAAGACAAUAGCCUCCUGUUUCUCAGUAUUUGCUAUAUCUUUCUUUGCUCUUCCAGCGGGGAUUCUGGGUUCUGGUUUUGCCUUGAAAGUACAACAGAAACAACGUCAGAAGCAUUUCAACAGGCAGAUCCCAGCUGCAGCAUCUCUAAUUCAGACUCUAUGGCGGUGCUAUGCAGCAGAGAAAUCAUACAGUUCUACAGCAACAUGGAAGAUCUAUGUUACAUCGCCUGCUCAAAAUACAAAAAAAACACCAGCGCCAUCUAGCCCUAAAAAAAGUGUGAUUGCAAAAAAGAAGAAACUGAAAUUCAAUAAAGACAAUGGGGCGCAGCCUGGAGAAAAGCUAUUGACCUGGACUCAUGUCAGCAAUAACCCCCCCCCCUCCCAAUUUUUGGAUCAUUUCAGUGUUGAUGGCUUUGACUUAUCUGUGGUGAAAAGCCCCACCCUUCUAAAGAUCUCUAAACCUCACUUCUUCAGAUGCAACAAGUUUGCAGAUGACACUAAGCUGGGGGGAGAGUCCCUACUGACUCCUGUACCCCACUGGUCUGGGUUAACUGAAGCACACCGAAUAGCUGUCAAAGUCAUAAGGAGAAUGCAAUAUUUUGUGGCCAGAAGAAAAUUUCAGCAAGCUCGAAAACCAUAUGAUGUACGUGAUGUAAUUGAACAAUACUCUCAAGGACACCUUAAUAUGAUGGUUCGCAUAAAAGAACUUCAAAGAAGACUGGAUCAUUCCUUAGGGAAGCCUGGCCUUUUUCUUCCAGAAAAAGGGGUAGACAAAGGAUACUAUACUGUAGGAGCCAGACUGAUCCGGUUAGAGGAUAAGAACAAUGAAGGGAAUAAAAACAUAUGA